AUGGUCCACUCCCCCAACGAGACCCUCCUGUUGAACCUCACAGAGUCACCCAGGACUCUCUUCUCCUCCACCUCGGUGCUGCAGAGUCAGAGAGCCACAUGUUUUCAGUUUGCCUCCCUGCUGUGCAGCCUGCUGCUCGGCGCCCACUACGAUGCCUACUGUGUCAGCGGCUACGCUGUCAGAGAGAUGUGUCUGCAGGACCAGAGUCUGCAGGAGUGCCCCCUGCUGGACAAACAGGUGGAGAGUGUGACGUCAGAGCAGGAGCCACAGGACAACAAGUACACACCCAAACCACAGAAGAGUCUUUUUUUGAUGCAGCCAGAGAAGAAGAAACAGGACGCUGAAGCGGCGCUGCUUCAGAAACAGAAAGUUCUGGAGCAGAGUGAGCAGCGACCCCCUGACCCCCUGCGGGGCCUGCGCAGACACUGCUGGGUGCUCGUACUCUCAGGGAGCCUCAGCGUACAGGAAAACUUCUUCAUCGACCCUCUGACAGGAAACAGAUACCCUACUGACCACGACCACUUCCUGGGCAUCGACAGCGUGUGGAACAACCUCAACUACUACGCCAACAUGCAGGACUGCAGCAACGGCUGCGCUAAUAUGGUGUAUGACCUGGAAGAUGUAAACCUGUGGGAGCCACUUUUGUUUGGUGCAACCAGUAAGAAACAGCUGAUUCUGGAAGUGUUGAAAAGGAAGGAGAACAAGACGAUGAAGAAUAUUAUUAAAGAUAAGAAGGUUGAUGUUGGCCGCCAGUUGCCCACCCCUGAUCUAGAUAAGAACGGAGGACUGCUCCGGAGAUUCUCCUGA